ACGAACUUGCCUACAACUACGCGAUUCAAAGUCAUAUUAUUAAUAAAAUUAAGACUUUGUACAGUAUAAUAUCGAAUAUUAUUAUUUAAGUAUAUCCGUUACUGUGUCGUAACAGAAAUACUAAUUGUAAUUCUGUAUAAAUUGCUCAGAAUUACACUCUCAUAAGUUUUAUAUAUUUAUAAAUUCAUCAUUCUUUCCACAGGAUUGGUUAUGAUUACACUGUCUGUGAACAAAAUUAUAGGUACCUACUUCUGUAUAAGGUACUUACCAUACUAUAUGUAUAAAAGCAUCAUAAGGAAGAUGUGCAGUGUCGUGUAAGUUAGUACCUAGUUACGCAUCAUGAAUGAUUAAACAUGGCGUCCGCGCUAGAAAAUUUAGAAACACAAUUGGAACUGUUUAUCGAAAAUGUAAGGCAAAUACGUAUUAUAGUGAGCGAUUUUCAACCUCAAGGACAAAAUGUACUGAAUCAGAAGAUUCAACUUUUAGUAAACGGUUUGCAAGAAAUAGAUAAACUUAAGUCUCAGGUUCAAGAUGUUCAUGUACCCUUGGAAGUUUUUGAUUACAUAGAUCAAGGCAGAAAUCCGCAAUUGUAUACAAAAGACUGCAUAGAGAAAGCAUUAACAAAAAAUGAGCAAGUAAAAGGAAAAAUUGAUGCGUAUAGAAAAUUUAAAGCAAAUAUGCUGGUAGAACUGAAUAGAGUAUUUCCACAUGAAUUGGCCAAAUAUAGAGCGAUACGUGGCGACGAAUGAAGAAAUAAAAAGAAUUAUUUAGAA